GGUAUUAAUUGAAGAUUAAGUUUUGGCAUAAAGUUGCCAGUGUGGUUAAGGUUUGGUUUAAAAUAAAAUGGUUAAAAAGAGAAAUUGUAGAAAUAGGCGGGGUUGAACCAUAAUUGUGGCUGUGGUAACUAGUUCGUCCACUAAACCCGCGGAAUCCAAAAUUAUGAAAAUCCAGUUACAAAAAGGCUAGCAAGACGAAAUAGCGCGAAAGUUAAAGAAAUUAUUUUUGUCCUGAAGAUAAAGUAUUGAACCCCUUCUACAAGAACAACAGAUGACCAGAGAACUGGAAUGACAUUUACUCUCCCGGGUGGCCAACACGAAAGCCACGCCACCAGUCUUCUGAUCUGAACCGUCCGUCUCGACUGUCUGAGGCUGGACCCACCAUGGGCAGCUACAGUGACUCCACCAGUGACCUGGACGAGGAUCUCCCUGUGUAUGACUUCCUCCAGCCCAGAUGUAGUCUGAGCCAAGCCUCCCAGAUCCACACAGACCAACCAGACCUGGUGGUCCUGGACAGCUCUCAUACAGACCUCCCCAUAGGGUUGGCUGAUGUUAUGAUGAUCAGUGAUGAUGAGGAUGUUCCCUAUAUCCCCCUGGCGCUGAGACUUAAACAGAGACAGGAGGGUUUGGAGCCUGCAUCCUCCACACUCAGUAAUGGACAGGACAACCAUCACUCCUCACCUGACCUUCCUAUUGGUUUAGGCCUGUUGGCACCGAAUGGUCACUCAGAGUCCGAACCUCUAUUCACCUCAUACGAGACCCUAAACAGUCAUCGUAGGAAGGAGAAAGGUGGAGGACCAGACUGGGAUGACCCAGAGGAGGCAGCUCUCCCUCAGCUGUGGCCCCCGCCAAAGCCAUCCUCCUGGGCUAGGAGCACCAUCUCCCCUGCCAAGAGGAAGCCCUCUAAGAUGACUGGUGAGGAGAUCCAGGGGUCCAGGGAGGUGCUGAGGAGGAGGGAAGCCAGGGAGAGGCAACAGGGGGACAAGGAGGCGCGGAUGCUGCAGCAGGAGAGGCAGAAGGCAGAGAAGGCGGCCCUGGCAGAGGCUGUGAAAGCACUGCGACCAGAGGAGUGCAUCAAACACAUGGUGGUGUCUGUGGAUCCAGCUCUGUUGCAGUUGGAAGGUGGGGGCCCUUUGCUGACGUCACUCCAGGCCAUGGGCUGCAGCUGUGCCAUAGAGAAACAGCCCCUCCCUCGCAGCGUCAAUUGGGUCAGGAGAACACCUAGCACUCAGACAGGUGAGGUGUUGUGUAUCCCUGAGGCCCACACAGUGAUGCAAGUAUCUGUUGAUGACUUCAUCAACCUGAUCCACAGCUACACUCAGGAACAGAGGGGUGGAGGUGCAGACUGUAGUGCCUCUUUGACCUCCUGGACCCUGGGUCUGCAGGCUCGCAACUCUGGCAGGACCCCCAGUCUGGUGGUCAUAGACCUGGAGAAAUACUUCAGAUCCCAGAAAUCCCAGAAUCAGAAGAAGUUCCGGGAUGCGGUCCUGGGGGAUGAGCAAGCAGCAGUAAAGGGGGCAGUGAAAAAGAGGAGGAAGAAAGAUGAAGGUGAUGCACUGCCCAAGGUGUCUCGAGUUGAGGUAGAGGAGGCCGUGGUACACCUGCAGCUACACACAGGGGUUCAGGUGCAUUUCCUGUCCACUUGGAAGGAUUUCUCUGACCACAUUGCCAUGGCAACCAAAGCAGUAGCUGAGGCCCCAUUCAAACGAGAGAGGGAGAAGACAGGCUUCUCGUUCUACCUGGAGAGCGAGUGGGCUGGAGGCCAGAAAGUGGACAAGGCUGGGAAAGGACUGCUGCAGGUCUGGAAGAGACAGAUCCAGCAGCUGAACAGAGUCAGCCAAGAUAUGGCCUCUGCCAUCCUCGCUGCCUACCCCUCUCCACAGCUACUCAACCAGGCGUACAGUCGGUGCAAGUCAGAGCGUGAGAAACUGUCACUGCUAUCGGACCUCCUGAUUCGCAGAGGGGAGGGCGUGACUUCCACAACUCGCCGGGUUGGUCCUGAGCUCUCCAAGCGUCUCUGCCUGGUGAUGACAUCAUCAGAGCCCCAGCAGACCCUGGACUCCAUGCUUUGACCCUUUUAUGGUGUCAUGCAUCUGACCAGUGACCUCAGUAGUGGAAGAGUGGAGUUGGACUGAUGUUUUAAAUCUGUUCUUCAUCACUGGUCUUCAGCCCUGCCUCUGGGGACCUAUAUGAUGUGCAGGCUUUUGCUCCAGCUCCGCACUAACGCACUUCAUUCAACUAAUCAAGGACUUUGUGAUUGUCUAAUCCAUUGAGUCAGACAUGUUAGUUCGGGGCUGAAACACAUAUGUGGGUCCUCAGGAACAAGUUUGAAAUACACCCCGUGAACUAUGGAGCACAGUGACAUUUGGAUUUCAAUGUUGAUUUGGAUAGUGUACCGUUUUAUGACAUCCACCUUGGUUUGUAAUAUACUUUUUUAUUUUAUUAAAGCGUCUAAUACAA